AUGUAAAUAGAGGAAAAUUUGCAUUCUGAUAAGAAAGAAGUUUUUCUGCCAGGAGAUUUGUUAUCUGAUGAAACUGGAUUUAUUAGUGGAACAAAUACUUAUGAAGAGUAAGGAAAAAUAUUCUCCAGCACUACAGGAACUAUUAAUUAGACAAAUAAGUAAUCAAUUAUAUAAUUAAAAGAUUGAUUAUGAUAAAACCAAUUAAAUGUAGUUAUUAACCAUAAAUUGGAGAAAUUGUAAUAGGCUAAAUUGUGUAAAUUAGAGAUAAAAAGUGGAUUGUAAAUAUAGGUUCAAGUUCAGAAGCUACUCUUCAUUUGAAUUCUACUUAUUUACCUGAAUAAGUAAAAUUAUAAUUCAUUAUUUAGAGAUAAAAAACAGAAGAUGAUGAAAUGAAUAUGCGUUAAAUAUUUUCUGAAAAUGAUUUAAUUUGUGCAGAAGUUCAUUGUAAUUAUUAUUAAUAUUUAAAUUAUUAGCUGUCAAUAAUGAUAAAUCUGUUAAUCUUCAUACAAGAGGACUUAAAUAUGGUAAAAUUGAAGAUGGAUUACUCAUUAAGGUUAAUCACUAUUUGAUUGUCAAAUAAAAAAGACAUUUUAUUAAAUUGAAUAAUAAUGUUAAUAUGAUAUUAGGACAUAAUGGAUAAAUAUAUUUAAGUAAUUAAGAUAGGACUACAAAUAAUUAAAAAGUAAUAUAUUGUUAAAAUUACACUGUUUAAUAAAGAAUUGAUAUCGCAAACACAGGUAAGGCAAUUAAAUUCUUAUAAUAAAAUUAAUUUAAAAUCUCACAAACAAGUAUAGAAAAGGUUUUAAAUUAUAUUUCAGAAAAAAAGCCUUAAAAUGAUUGGAUAACAUUAAUUGAAUAAUUCUUUUUAGAAUAAAAGUCAAAAUAAUAAUAAUAGGAUUAAUGA